AUGUGUUUGGUUGCACUGUUGGUCACACAUUUGGUUGGCACACUGCAUGGUGUUGCACUUCCAACUGGAGCCACCGACGCCGCGGCCGUACCAGCAGUCGAGCCAUCCGCCGUGCCGGGCGUUGUAGAGGCAGCGGCGGUAGAGGAGAUACAGCUGGUGGUGGAGGCGUCUGAGGACGUCGAAGAGCAGGCAGAGCAAAGCGUCGGCGUCGCCGGGGUAGAGGAGGCCUGCCGGGGUGGUGAGCACAGUAUGCGAUUUAUGGCACACCUCUGUGAGUGCGUCGGUGAGGGACGCCGGUGUUAUGCUCUGCGGGUGGGCCUUAAGCGCCAGGCUGCCGAGGUCAGUGAGGGACACUCCGGAGUCCCCGGAGUCCUGCUCAUCCGCCUCGAACAGCGAGGGCAGCGCUUCGGAGUUGAGGCCCAGGUACACGGCGUUGUACCCGUGUUGGAGGGACAGGCAUUUUUUGAGGUGUGCGUUGUUCUCUGUCUCCUCAAUCUUCUGGCUGACCAGGACAUACACGUCGCGACCGUUGCAGUCGUCGCGCAGCUCGCCGUCCUGCUGAGUGUGGGAGGUGGAGACCUUGUAGCCGCAGCGGUGGAGGAAAGCGCCGAGUCCGUUGCGCAAAUUGAUGUUGUAGUCCCUCCAGCUGCCGGCGCCGCCUUUGCCGCACUGCUCCGCCAGCCUGUUGAAGGCGUCGCACAGUGUGGGCAGCGUGGUGAGGAAGACCUUGGCGCACAUGGCGCCGUAGGGCGUCAGCUUUGUAACGUUUCUGACGGUGACGGACUUUGUGCCUUGGGAUCUUACGGUCUCGGUGAGGGUCUCAUUUUCGACCAAGGCAGCGGUGAACGUCUGCCCGGCGUAUCUUGA